AUGAACUUCCUUAGUCCUAAAGAAGUCGUCUUAGAAGGUAAACAACAUAUAGCCAAGGGAACAGGAUCAUCUCCGUUAGUGCGAUUAGGCGAAGAAAACCAGAAGAUCCACGACGCUGACCAGCGGGCGAGGGAGACGAAACAGACGAAGGAGCAACAGCAGCAGCAGCAGCAACAGCAGAGGAAGCAGAAGGAGAAGACUAAAGAGAACGACGACGACGACGACGAAGAAGAAGGUUCCCUGCGCCACGCUUCCGGUGCUCCGUGGUCCGUGCUCGCUAUCAGUGUCACUUCUGACCCUGGGGAGACUGGCGGCGGUAAACGCCGUCAUCAAAACGCUAUCGGCAACUUGUACCCGGAAGUGUUGGCGACCAAGGGGGCCCCGAAGGACCCAGAGAAUCGAAAGGGGGCGACCGUGAACAUCGAGGGAGCACGGCUUAUCGCGGGACAAAAAAUCGACGUCGAAACAAAGACAACAUCCACCCAAACCUCUGGGACGACGAUUAAACCGAAAGCUGUACAAAUCGCCGAAGAAACGUUGAACAUAAAUCGAUUAUCUCCGAGAUACAUUUAUUUGAAGCAGAAGAAAUCGUCAACGGUUUGGAACGUCGACGAGGAUCCUGCGCCCCAAUGGCUAAUAGCGGAAGCUUUGUCUGCAAUGAACAGGAACGCCGAGCACAGCGAGAGACGGACAAAGGGGGAAACAUCGUCGAGCAAGGAGACCGAGUACGAGUUGAUUAUUUCGCAACUCGAGCAGAAACUGAGUCGUACGAAGGUGGAUCUUGAAGUGGCGCUGCAGAAGAAGACGAUGGCCAAAGAAAAAUACAAAAAAAAUCUGGAGCACGCGAAAGCAGAAGCUCGAAGAGAGAACGAGAUACUCCAGGAGAGGAUCGUUCGAAUCUGCACGUCGGUCCUUGAGAAUUUCGGUCCUCGCGGCAUGGCUGAUAAAAGAGGGAACAGUUACCAAUUGAAGUGCAGCAAACGUCUGAGGUGUCUCUCCAGCAAACUGCAUAAGAAAUUGCGGAUGGCAGUGGCGAAAUCCAACAAACUGAGGCGAGAAUUGGCGAAGACUAGGGCAACGCUGAAGAUCAAAGCGGAGAAGUGCGAGUCGAUGCACAAAUGCUUCGAGAAGCUACAGCAGGAGAUGGACACCAGCGAGAUCAACUUGAACAAGCUGAUCGCGGAGAACCUGGAGCUUCGUAAGAGGAUAGAGGACACUCGGGAAUGGGUGCAGCAUAAUGCGAGCAAAGAGAAUCACGAGAGAACAAACGCUGUUCAUUAUCGGGCCAUGCAGUGGAGCAGGGAACUGAUCAACCUGAAGAAGAAGGCUGACGAGGACUUUACGACCAUCACGCAAUUGAGGAACAAAUUCAUGCGAUCGGAAUCGGCGAACGCCAAUAAAGGAUUUUUGCUGAACAGUUACAAAAGUCAAUUGGCAGAUUUGAACAAGGAGAAAAAUCAAUUACUGUCGAAGAUCACCAACUUGGAGAACGAGAUUACAGCCGUGAAAUCGAACAAUUCGCAAUUAAGAGCCAAGAUUUCUGUUUUGAAUACCGAGAAGGAGAAGUUGCUUUCUCGCAACGAGAAAUCGAAGGCUGAUACAGAAAAGUCAGAAACAGAAAAUAGUAAAAAGAUCGAAGACGCAGUCCAGCAGGAAGUAGCGAACAUGAAGGCUCAUUACGAGGAGACUAUUAAAUCGAUGACGACCAAAUUAUCAGCUAUGAAGAGCCAGAACAUGGAGUACUUGAAGAGUAUAAAGGACUUCUUGAAGAAGCUUUACGACUCUAGAGGCGACUAUGAUAAGCAGAGAGGUCCGAAAGAGGACGAACCUAGUGAAAAAGAGGCCCAGGAAACUGCAUGCAAUAUUCUCAACAUGACACCGGAGGAAUUGUCUGGAUUCAUCAAUGGGAAGGCACCUAACUCUAUUAACACCUGGAUAUUCGAGCUGAACCGGAUAUUGACGAAGAGUAAUUUUUCUGAAAGUCUGUCGAAGUUCUUGUUGAAAAAAGCAACGAGGAAACUGAAAAUGUGAAAGGCAGGAUCUACGAAGGACAAUUCAACUAAUAUUUGUUAUGUGAAUUAAAAUAUUUUUCUAAAUUGUU